CCGAUACCCCAUUUCCAACGACGAACUAUCACGAACUUUGUACGACGACGACGACGACGACGAUUUGAUCAAGUUAAUCAGGACUUGACAACCCCCACGAACCCAGGAACAAACACAUACCAAACCAACCCCCCACACAAAUCCAUCCAAAAUGCGCGGCGGUGCCCACGAACUCAAGGUCCACUACAAGGGCAACAACGAAGAGGACUUCCUCGUCUUCGUCGACAGCAAGGACGACUACAACAAGUGGCUCAGCGACAAGUCGACUCCUCUGGCCCAAGUCGUUUCUGUCUUUGAGGUCUUCACCACCCACAAGCAAGGCAGCCAGGGUAUCUACUCGGCCGCGUCCCAGGCGAUGCUCGAGAACGAGUUUGGCACCAAGAACGCAGAGGAUGCCAUUAAGCAGGUUUUGGAGAAGGGCAAUUUGCAGGAGAUGGCGUUCCCCGAGCGCCAAGGAAGGAAGAAUGACUCCAACAACGACGCGUUUAUUACUCGCUAAGCAACUCUUACUUGUCGAACGACAACGACAUGGCACGACACGACACGACAUUCUUGAGCGGAAAGCAUUGAACUAAGUGAGCCGGCGUUUUGAGAAACAGACGGGCUGGGCUUGGGCUUGAGCUUUUGUGGGCUUGGGGAUUUGGAGUCGAGUGGUGGAGUGACUGGAGUGAAAGGAGUGGAUGGGAAUGAACAAUAGCAGCGCU